AUGGCAUCAAGCUUUUAUCGCAUAUUUCUAGUCAUAGCAAUUCUCAUUGCACCUCAGAGAGGUAAGCUAAACUUGUUUUUGUAUAAAUGCUCUCUUUUGAAAUAAUUUUUAUUCUCGUCUCCAACAAAAAGCGGCGAUCUGUCGAAGUCCAAUUCCCGGCUUAUCUCUUCAAUUCGCGUCUCGACAAUGGCUCUCAUCCUGGAACAGGCUAGUCCGUCAGCUGUUCAAAGAAAGCCUGGUGUCGAUAGGUAUUAAGGCAACAUUUGUAUUUAUCGGUAUACCGACCGCGUGUUAAUAAUUCUGCCGGCCCUCCAGCGAGUGUGAAAAUGCCCCUAUCAUCAUAAUCAUAAAGAAGUAGUAGUCACGUUCUUAAUUGGCAAGUUAAACUUGAAGAUUUUGUUUCGAAAGUGAAAGCAGAUCGAGCUUCACCCUGAGAGCGAAUCUCCUCUUGUCCUCUACGCCAGAGUCGAGAAAGCGGAAGAAAGCCUGUGCCAACAGGAUGAUCGAACUUAAGCUGAUGCAAAAUAGUGAAUACAUCAAGCCCAAUGAGGGUUUUCGUGUAUCGGCUGUUAUCACGAUCACAAUAGUGAGCAACAUCUUAAUUGCGAGAUGUCUUACUCGACUAAAUAUCCCAGCCAUGAGUAAGUGUUAAUUCUUGACACCUGGCGAUGAAAAAUCAUUCAUACAUUUUUCCAUUUUGAAAGGAAUUUAAUGAAGAUUUGUCUGCUCAUUGGAACGGAUACAGCAACUAAGCAGAACAUAUAACAAGUUAAAAUUUCUACUCGCUAUCAUCGCGUGACAAAAUGCAUUGACGAUCCGCAAUAUGCCUCUUAAUACUAGCUAUAAUUCUUCUUUUCUGCCAUAAUCACGCACGAUGCUUUGGAAGGUAUAUUUGUCCAAUGGCCUUUCUAUACCAGUAUACCAAUACAGAUUUCUUUUGGGAGCCAAGAUGGUAUCUGUCGAAUACCAAGUCUUCGCCCAAUGAGACGAAAUUACACAGUUUCUUGUGAGGGACUGUUUAUACGAUCUCGUGACUUUCACCGGACUAAGUUUGUCACAAACUGUAUACCUGAAUGUUUAAAAAUAGUUGCUUUAUUUUUUGCAAAGGUCACGGUUAUAUCAAGGCCUGUCACGGAUAUUUUCAUCAACUUAAAACUGAUAUAUUCUGAGGAAAUCAUUACUGUGCUGACGAUUCGAAUUUCUCGAAACGGACAUUUUGUCCCGGAAAUCAAGGUUCCGCCAACUGUACCGUAUUGUAAAAAAAUUCCGGAAAUUUGGCGUAAUGUGAGGAAGGUUUAAUGACCGUUGAUUUGCUUCUCAGUUAGUUGCAUCCUGAGGUGUUACAGCUGUGAAAGUUACAAAUCCUGGGCGGACUGCAACACUAAGGAAAACCUGGAAAAAACGGAGUGCCCUGUGGAAUCACCAAAUUGUGUACAAGGUGUGGUGACAUGCGCUGACGGCGAUGGUACUAUCAAGCAAACCAUCUACUAUAAGGGUUGCGGUGCCCCAGGAGAUAAAUGUGUCGCGGAAAAAGAAUCCCUUCCCUCGUGCGAAGAAACCCUUAAAGCUUAUCCUGAUGACACUUGCUGUGAUGGAGACUACUGCAAUUCAGGAUCAGGGAUCAGGGAUCAGGGAUCAAGAUUAGCAAUAAUAGGACUGUUCAUUUUGCAUAUUCUUUGGGGCUUCCUCAUUUGA